ACUAAAUAUCUUCCCAACUAUGAUACAAAGAAGUAUAAGGACGGGAUUCAGAGUAAUAAAUAACUUUGCUGCAGUACGACAGAAGAGUGCUUUUUCAUUCCCUACUAAACUUAACGUUGUGGACCCUCUCGAGUACGAGCAAGUGGAACCAGAUAAAGAUGAUGAGAUCGUAAUCGCAAUGAGCUCAGGUGUAGACUCUUCGGUGACAGCUUCUCUUUAUGCUAAAUCAUACAAGAAUGUGAGAGGAGUAUACAUGGCUAACUGGUCUCAGUCUGCAAAAUGCCUCGAGGACGAUUGGAAUGAUGUUAAGAGAGUAUGUGGGCAACUCAAGAUUCCUUGUGAACGAGUAAACUUUGAAAGAGAGUAUUGGACUGAUGUAUUCGAGCCUAUGAUAAACAUGUACAAGAAUGGACUCACACCAAAUCCUGAUGUUGGAUGCAAUAAAUAUGUAAAAUUCGGUAAAAUGAUUGAACACCUUCACAAUAAAUUUGAGAAUGUUGACAAGAAAUGGUGGCUUGUAACUGGUCAUUAUGCCAGAAUAAUGAGACAUAGAGAAUCUGGGAAGUAUCAUUUAUUGAGAGGAUUAUAUCCAAACAAAGAUCAAUCAUAUUACCUUUCUAUGUUACCUCCAGACACGUUGUCACGAGUUUUAAUGCCAAUAGGUCAUAUGACGAAGCCAGAUGUGAGAGAAAUUGCAGCUAAGGAAAAUUUGAUUACAGCCAGUAAACCAGACUCACAAGGGUUAUGUUUUGUAUCUCAAGAUAAUAAAAAGUUUGGAAGUUUUCUUGAUGAAUACAUCCGUCCAAAUCCAGGAAAUUAUGUCACUGAAGAUGGGAAAAUUUGGGGUACUCAUAAUGGGUUAUGGCAUGCGACUAUUGGUCAACGAGCCAAUAUAUGCAUGCCACAAGGAGAUCCGAAAUAUAAAGGUGUUUGGUUUGUAAGUGAAAAGAGAACAGACACAAAUGAACUAGUCAUUGUGAAGGGUGGAAACAACGCCGCCUUAUAUGCAUCAAAGCUACGUGUAAGAGAUUGGCAAUGGUUGGAAACUAAUUUUGAUACAUCGAAGUUUUGCACAGACAAUUUAACCAUCCAAUAUAGAUCACUACAGAAUUCACCUGAUGCAGUUGCAUCAUUUGAAUCACUCGGUAAUGACGAGGUCGAGAUACACCUCAAGGAAAGUGCCAGAGCGAUGGCCCCUGGACAAAACAUUGUCCUAUACAAUGGGAAUAGAGUACUAGGGUGUGGGGUUCUACAAAUUACCAACUAAUCUUCCAAAACUUUGUAAAUAAUCAAAUAAUGUAAUGUACAUAAAUAACGAAAUAAAAUAAA